CGGGAACCACCGCAACCCCUGACGUGACCCUGCAGGAUUGCAAACAUGGCGGAGCCCUCCGUCGGGAAUUCGAGCCCAGGAGGUUCAGCAGGUUCCGUUGACCAUGAUUUCGACCCAUCGGCAGACAUGCUUGUCCAUGACUUUGAUGAUGAACGUACCUUGGAGGAAGAAGAAAUGAUGGAGGCAUCAGAUGAGACAAACGCCAACGAGAUUGAAGAUCUUGCACGGGAGGGAGAGAUGCCCAUUCAUGAGCUGCUGAGUCUGUAUGGUUAUGGGGGUGGUUCACCAGCAGAUGAUGAUGAUGAAGAGGAGGAAGAACCCGAGGAAGAGGAGGAUGAUGAGGACGAGGAUGAGGAAGAGGACCUCGACAACGAUGAAAGCAGCAGAAGCACUGGCGAGUUAAAAAGAAAUGAGGUUGAGGGUGUUAAGAUCUCAUCGGUACAGGGCGAUGAUGCCCAGGCAACCUCUGAGGUCCGCACACGCUCAGUCAGGUCCCUCGGCACAGCAGAACUCAUUCGGCCCCAGAAACUCAAGUACUUUGAAAGUAAUAAUGAUGCAGAAGAGGAGUCUGAUGAAGAUGAGGACUAUGUUCCAUCGGAAGACUGGAAAAAGGAAAUCAUGGUGGGUUCAAUGUAUCAGGCAGAAACUCCAGUUGGCCUAUGUAAAUAUAAAGAAAAUGAAAAAGUUUAUGAAAAUGAUGACCAGUUGUUGUGGAACCCCGAGUGUCUUCCUGAAGGCAAAGUGGUGGAGUUCUUGACUGAGGCGUCAAGGCGGACGGGAGAAGAGAAAGGAGUGGAAGCAAUCCCAGAGGGAUCCCAUAUCAAAGACAAUGAACAGGCAUUGUAUGAACUGGUGAAGUGUGACUUUGACACAGAGGAAGCUUUAAGAAGACUGAGGUUUAAUGUAAAAGCAGCCAGAGAGGAGCUAUCAGUCUGGACGGAAGAGGAAUGUAGACAUUUUGAACAAGGACUAAAAGCUUAUGGGAAAGACUUUCAUUUAAUACAGGCCAACAAGGUGAGAACUAGGUCUGUAGGAGAAUGUGUGGCCUUUUAUUACAUGUGGAAGAAGUCUGAGCGUUAUGAUUUCUUUGCACAGCAAACCAGACUUGGGAAAAGGAAAUACAACCUUCACCCUGGUGUCACAGACUAUAUGGACAGAUUACUGGAUGAAACGGAGAGCGCCACGUCCAGCAGGGCGGCGUCGCCACCUCCCACCACCUCCAGCAGCAGCGCCAGCCACUCGGAGAGGGAAGACGGCAGCAGUCAGAACGGUAUCGUAAGCCACACUUCAAGUCACCCAGUGGAUGGCGCUGAGUUGCCCCCAAUAAAUCAAGUCAAACCCGAGUCCGUUCAGUCCAACGGUCCCUCCCAUCCAUUAGAGGAAGCUCCGGCUCCCCUUUCAGACAACUCCAACGGCUGCAACCAACCCAGUGCGCCCAGUCCCGACCAAAAUGGUUCUCUGGAGCCUUUGCUGGACCACAGAGAAACGGCAACAGCACACCAAAGGCCGGCCAAGAGAUGCAGAACGGAGGCAGAGCCAUUGGACCAAAGCGAGGUGGAACCAUCCAGAACACAGGAGGACUGAAGGAGUUCAGUGAUGUAGACUAAUAGACGCUGAAUUAUGGGGAAACCUCCCCAGAGGUAAGGGGGGGGGGGGGAAGAUGAGGAAAGACGAGCCCCGCUUGGCCCGUGAGGGCAGUAGCUCCUGAGAGCAAAGACUCACUUUUUGACGAGGUCAAAGGUCACUGAUGAACACAGCCAACCAAACUGUAGCUGGUCCUCCAGGAGGGGGAGGUGGCCUCCCCGUCCCCUCCAACCCAUCCACGAAGAGACGGCCCGCAGAGCUCUUCCCAAAGUCCCACAGCUCCAUCGUCUCCUACUCAACAUCUUCUACCCAUCGUCUGUGUUCACUUUUUGGAGACUGACACGUUUUGCCAAGAAUUUCCUUUUUCUAUUUGUACUCAUAGAAAAUAAAUCACCUGUGCUAUUUUUUUACACAAGAGAUAUUUAUAUUUUUUAACAAAAUAAAACUAUGAUAAGUAACUGCUGUCCAAGCUAUUGAGAACAUACAUUUUGAUGAAACGGGGACGCGCGUUUUAAUCGAUUAUAUGCUUAAAUUGUCAGAGGGCGAACACAAGAUGAGUGAGGCCGUCACCGGCUCGUUUUAGUUGCACUUUGAUUGUAUGCUUCUCAUCUUUAUUGAAGAGGAGUGGUGUCAAACCCAGCAGAAUUACAUUUUCACUCCUUCGUAAACCCGCUCCAGCCUCUCACGGCUGUUUGUUUGAUUCUGAUAAAUAAACCAACGGGUUAGUCCCCCCGCUGGUUUGUUUGUGUAAAGCAGCUGACAUCAGUGAUGUCCUGUAUUAUAACUCAUCAUGUAGGAGAUCGCUGUAUUUUUGGAUUUUCAUAGUCGGUGCUUUGCUCAACGCUUUGUUUUUACUAGACAGAAUGUCCGUUGUUUUUAAUGUAAAGUUUGUAUAGAUUUCUUACCUUGAGCAGUUGGUACAUUUCUUUUUUUUAUUUUAUAACUGUCUGUUCAUCUCUGUAUGUUCAGGUCUUCCUUGUAGGCUGCUGUGCUUUUUGUUUAGAAAUCCUUUGCCUGUGUUGCUCUGAGAUGGAUGUAAUAAAUAAAAAAAGUAGCCAUUCCUCUUUCACUCUCUGUUUGGCAGCACUUUCCAUUCCUGUGGAACAAUCUUGCACAAUCUGAAAUGUUCGUAGCAGAGAGCAUCAUCUUUUUGUGCAAAGAGCCUCCGCUCACUCAGCUCAACCAACACCGUCGUUCCUCAGCGAGUGGAUGUCCAGCAGUGGAACCGGCCAGGUUGACCUCGGCAUGUGACCUGGGAGACCUUCCGUUGUUUUGGUACAGUCGCCGUUCAGCUCGAUGCUCACGUGUUUUACUUUGAACUUACAUUCACAAAUUAAGAUACGUUUGUCUCAAUAUUGUUGAUCCAUGUAGUCUUUUCUUUCCCUUCGUUGACGACGAUGUCUAGUUUUGUUUUGUUUUUCUCUGUAAAUGACAUGAAUAAAAUUGUAUUCCAA